CACUACCAUCAAUUCCGCGCUCACUUUUCGAGUCACAACCAAGCGCUAACAUUUGCAGGCACCAAGUGAGAGCACUGCAACAUCUAUCGAAUUUAUCGGACAGUGAAAAGGCCAAUUAUCUAUCAAACCUGGUACAGCGCAGAUAUCUUAAAAACAUUCUGCCAAGAGAUAAAAUCAACUCCAACCGUGUGUUUAAAGAUGGUCGUCACAGGGCUUUGGUGCCUUCCGUUGGUGAUAGUCAUAUUGCAUUCGUCACCAAGCAACGGAUGGUAUCGCAGCACAAAAAUAAGACAGUGUGAGAAUAGACGGAAGACCGGCCUCACUGGAAGGAGUCACGCCGAUAUCGUUACUGCCGCGAAAUUGUGGGCGCCGGUGGUCCGGUUGGCCUUCGGAGAGGAAUGGAAACCAUCCAGCGUCGACUAUUUCCUCCAACACGUAAACUUACGCGGCGGCAGUCCGACUUCCGUCACUCCGAGCACACUACCCACUUGUAACAGCAACUGCUACCUGGAAACUAAGACGCAUUUAUCUUGUCCCUCGUGCAGAGAACCUGCCGUCUUUAAGGGUCAGGAUCCUGCCAGCGCCCCAGCAUACGCUAUAUACGAGGACAAGGGUAGCGUUGUUGAAAUCACCUAUUGGUUUUUCUUUCCAUAUAACAGAGGAAAACGGGCGUGUGGGGGGUUAUAUCUUGAUAAUGUAUGCCCGUGCGUCAAAGUGUGGGGCCACUGUCCUUGUCCUCGAAUUAAAGGGUGUGCAGGAGGGUACUCGACCUUUGGAAAUCACGUGGGAGACUGGGAACACGUGAAGAUAAAGUUCAACAAUACCAAAAUCUACUCCAUAUAUUUGUCAGUCCACGAUUCUGAGAUUACUAAACAAUAUGGUGGAGAGUUUCUGUGGAUUGGUAACGAAUUCCGGAAAGGGGAUCGCACCAUUUUCACAACUGACUGCACACACCCGCAAGUCUACGCAGCCAAGGGAUCCCACGGUAUUUGGCCAAACACAGGGGACCACGUGUACAAGAAGCUUUUCAACGGAGACAAGUUGAAAGAUCUCUGUAGCGCCGGAACAGCAUGGAAGACUGCUGAUAACCUCAAGGUUAUCAAGAUGGCCGCCAAAGGACAGUUUACCGGGGAAUUCAGCUUUCUUAACUUUUUGGGUCGUUGGGGAAAUCGGGAACAGAACUGCCCUAAAAUCAUUGGUCAUUGUGUACUUGAAAAUGGACCAGGUGGACCACCCAAGUAAGACACCAGGGUUUGAGUUACGAAACCUGUUUAUAAACUAUGAUUCAGAAAUAUAGUCAACUAAUAGGUCUAGAGAAAGAAUGAAAAAAAUCCACAAUGUACAAUUAUCCGUAAAGAAUGUAUCAUAUAUGCUUAUAAUUGUUUGUAGCAUAAUUUCUACAUUCAACCGUAUGUGCUCAGCAAUGUACUCAGUUUGCAAUUGUUGUAUUUUUCAUUCUCAGAAUUUUUGAUCAUAUUAAUAAAAAGCAGGUUAUGGUUGGAAAUAGACAAUAAAUAUAUAUAUACCAUUGUGAAA